AUGGUCGCCGCAUCGGACUCAGCACGGACAGCACGCUUCGUAUCGUACCAGUGGACAAGAAACCUUGGCUUAUUUUCCCGCAUCGCGAUUUUGGGAAUUAUACAGCUCGGGACGGAGUUCUGGGCCAUCGAAAUCAUCGCCCUUGUCGCUGGCCGCCUGGGAAGAUUGCCUCUGGCCACUCAGAGUGUCUUAAUGACGGCGGACCAAAUUCUCGUCACCAUACCCUUUGGCAUAGGCGUCGCUACCAGUGUCCGGACGGGAAGUGCCCUGGGCUCACAGGACCACCAUGCGGCAAAGCGAGUCAGCCGCGUCGCGGUCACUCUCAGUAUUGUGGUUGCAACUAUGGUCCUCGUGAUGCUGGUCAUCUCUCGUCAACAAUUUGCGAAGCUGUUCACCACCGACCAAGACGUGGUAGAGCAUGUAGCUGAAGUCUUGCCCUGGGUUGCACUUUUCCAAAUCGCCGACGGUGUCAAUGGUAGCUGCGGAGGCGCCGUUCGAGGCAUGGGCAAGCAGCAUAUUGGUGCUGCGGCCAAUAUUAUCAGCUACUAUGUAAUUGCACUUCCGCUUGGUUCAUGGAUGGCUUUCGAAGGCUUUGGGCUUUCGGGGUUAUCGAUCGGCCAAUGUAUUGGCAUGUCCUUGGUGGCAUCAGCAGAACUCCUGUAUGUCCUCACAACGGACUGGAGGAGUGAAAUCAGCCUGGCCAUGGAUCGUAUUCGCGAGGAAGAGGCAGUCAUAUAUGAGCGUGUGGGAGAAGUCUAG